AUGAAUUUGAAUGAGUAUAAUGUAAGUUAUAGCAAAAAUAAUGAAUGUAUCACCAAAAAAAAAAAUAUGAAAAAUGAAAGUGAUAUUGAUAAAAUUUUUACUAUAGAAAUAAAAGAUAUAUUGAAAAAUUCUACUAAUGAAAAAGAAAUAAAUGAUACUAUAGAAUUUGUUACUGAUAAAAUUAACACAUUAAAUAAUUUUAUUAAUAAAAUUGCAAAAGAAAAGUAUGAAUAUUUUUAUAAAUAUACUGAUGAAAUAUGUAAUUUAAAAGAAAAAAUUGAAUGGAAUUCUUGCGAAUUAGAAAAUAUUCAAGAAAAAUAUAAUAUAAACAAUGAAGCUUUGAAAGAAAAUAAAGAUAAAUUAUUAUCAUUAAUUAAAGAAAAAAAAUGUUUAAUUGAUAUAGAUAAGAUUUUAAAAUUAUAUAUAAUAAUAAAUGAAGAAUUAAAAAAAUUAAGUUAUGAAAUAAAAGACAACAAAAAUUUCGAAAUUUUUAAUUUUUUGAAAGAGGAAGAUAUGGGUUGUAACGGAUGUUUUGAAAUGAUAAAUAUUGAUAAUAUUAAUUCAUGUAUUGAUAAUGUUAAUUCAUGUAUUGAUAAUGUUAAUUCAUGUAUUGAUAAUGUUAAUUCAUGUAUUGAUAAUAUUAAUUCAUGUAUUGAUGAUAUUGAUUUUGAAGUUUUCAUGAAAUAUAUAAAGAGGUUAAAUAAUUUAAAAAGGUUUGUAGUUUAUAAUAAUGUUCAAAAUAUAUCUAUAAUUAAAUUAAAGAUAAAAAAAAUUAAUUAUUAUGAAAAUUAUAUAACAGAUAUAUUUGUUAAAUAUUUAUCGAAAAAUUUUUAUAAGGAUGAAAAUUAUGUAAGUAAGGUAAAAUUUUGCUUGAACGCUUUCAGUUAUUUGAAUGUUGAAAAAGAAUGUUUAAAAAAAAUAGUGAAUAAUAAAAUUAACAAAAUAUCUUUAUAUAUCUCUAAUAUAAAAAAAAACAAAAAUAUAAAAGAAAAUUUUUUUUUUAUUAUAGAAAAUUGCAAAAACAAUAUUUUUCAAAUUUAUUACAUAAAUGAAACCAUAAAAAAUAAUUAUGUGAAUAAUAUAAUAAAAACUGCAAACAUUGAAGAAGAAAUAUAUGAUUAUAAUAGUAGUUGUACAAAUGAACAACCUAUUGAUAAAUGUUAUACAAUAAAUAUAUAUAAUGAUUUUUAUUUGCCUUAUAUUAACAUAUUAAUAAAAAAUAAAAUUAACGAAUAUAUAAAAAAAGAAAAUAUUCUAUAUGUUUUAAAUUUAAUUGAAGAAUUUUUACAUAUAACUAGGAAUAAAAAUGAAUUUAAAUUUCAAGAAAAAGAUUUGUUAUUAAGUUUAUUCAGUAAAGAAUAUGAAGAAAUUACUUUCAAUUCUAUUAAUAAAUUAGCCAAUUUAGUAGAACUACUGUUUGAAAAAAAAAAAUUAAGCGAUAAUGUGGGAUUUGAGUAUGAUUAUAAUUUUCCGACCAUUUUUGAUAUAAAAAAUUAUGUUAUAGAAUUAUAUAAAGAAUUAUAUACACAUAUUUUUUAUCCUUAUUUAUUUCGUAAAAUAAUUGUUUCUUGUAAUAAUUCUUUAUUAUUAUUAAGUAACAAUUUAAACAAUUUAAAACAAAAUAUAAAUUUUCAUGUUGAAUUAGAUACAAAAAAAAAAUAUAUAAAUUGUGAAUAUAUUUAUAAGAAUUUCAAAUAUAAUUUAGAGCUUUAUUUAGUUGGAAGAAAAAUUCUUAAAUAUUUGAUAUUAAAUUUAGAGAAAUUAAAAAGGAAAAUAUUAGAAAUAAAAAGAUAUACAUAUAAAAAAAGAAAUGUUGAUUUACUUAAUGGGAAUUGUGAUUUAACUAAUUUGUUACAAAAAAAAGAGAAUAAUGAAAAUAUUCCAAAUUAUAUAGAUAAUAAUUUAAUUAGUUUUUCAUUUAGUGAGUCUUUUGAUGAAUUUUUCAACUUUCAGGAUUAUUUAAAUAAUUAUUUUUUUAAUGUAAUAAAUAUGAGAGAUGAUGAACAAGAAGAUUUUACUGAAACUGAAAACUACAGAGAGAAAAAGAAAACAGAAGUAAAAAGAUUAAUAGAAAAAGAAGAUGAGAAAAUAAUGGAUGAUUUGGAGAAUAGAAAAGAUAAACAAGAACCACAUCAAUUUGAAGAAGAAAAACAGGAAACAGAUGAAGAUGAAAAAAAAAAGUUAAAUAAUUUUGAAAUUAAUUAUAUCACUGAUGUUAAAUAUAACUCUUUUAAUUCGAAUGAAUGUUAUUAUCUUAGUGAUGAAGAAAAAGAAGAAAAUUAUGAAAUAAACUCUUUUUUUAUUAAAGAGAAAAAAAAAAAAAAAAAAAAUUUUUUUGAUUUACUUGAAUUAGAAAAAGGAAUAUAUGAAUUAAAUAAUGUAGUGAAUUCAUGCAUAUAUGAAUGUUUUGAAUGUUUUGAGAAAAAAUCCUUAUGGUAUUUUAAAGAUAACUGCAAUGUUUUAAACACAGAUGAAGUAUAUUCACUAUUUGAUCAACUAUGCAUUUACUUUAAUAAUAAUGUUGUUAAACGUAUUCCAUUAUCUGAAAUACAACAAAUGAUAACUAAUUUAAUUAAUAAAAUAGUAAUUUAUAUAGUUUCCUUAUCUUCUUUUUAUUUAAUUAAUAAUAUGGAUAUUUAUAUAUUCAAAUAUUAUGAAUCAUUACUAAAAAUAACAAAUAAUGAAAUGUUAUCAUCUUUGAAUUUUGAACAAAAAUUAUGUAAUCUUUUUAAAAAAUCAAUAGAUAUAAAAAAUAGAAAAGAAGAAUAUAAAAAAAUUCCUUCUUUUUUUUUACCUAUAACAUUUAUAAUUUUACAUGGAGGAAAAAGCAUAGUGAAUUAUUUAAAUAUAACAGAAGAAAAAUUUAUUAAUCUAAUAAUAGAUUAUUUAAAAGAUCCUUUACAAUUAAUGAAUAAAAAAAGUAACACAAAUCAAAAUUUAAAUUUUGUUCUCAAUAGAUUUGCCAAAAAUAUGGUGGUAAAAGAUAAUUUCAUUAAAACAUAG